AUGAGAAAGACUCUAACACCCCUUGAUACUUCGAAUAAAUCAACAUCUUCCUCUCAGCAACAUGGGGAUCAUUUCCAACAUCCAACAACAACUCCAACACUCAAAAUGUCUCGUUCCGAGUCUCAAUCGUUUCUCAAUAUUGCUGACACGAGCUCGGGAGAGGUUGUGAGCACCAAUUUUAAUACACAACCAUUUAAUGACAAGGCUGCUUGGUUUAUUUAUGUUCUUGUCUUGUUUUUGAGUUAUUGGGCUUUGUUUUUGGGAUGUUUAAUUUAUAGCAAGACCAUUUCGUAUUUGAGUGAUUCAUCGGUCAAUGCCAUUAUUUGGACAGCCUUGAAUUGUCUUCAUUCCAUUUGCACAUUGAUUCUUUUCCAUUGGAAGAAAGGCUCUCCGUAUGACCUUUCUAUUCAUUUACAAGACCAAUCUAAAUUGACUUUUUGGGAACAAUUAGAUAAUCAAAAGCAAUUCACACCAACACGUAAAUUCAUGUUUGCCAUUCCAUGUGUGUUGUUAUUGCUGACUUCUUGGCAUGUAGGAGAUAGUCUUCUCUUAUUGUUUGUAAAUUUUGUUUUUACCCUUAUUGUGGUUCUUGCUAAAUUGCCAAGUUUCCACAAAAGGAGACUUUUUGGAAUCAAUGAGUAG